AUGACUUCCGAGGCCUGCAGCUGUACUUGCGGGGGUGGCACAAAGCGGCGGAAUAGGGUCAUCCAGCAAUCGCCUCGCCACGGGGGCAAGCUUUGUCAGCCAGAGGACAAAGGCGAGAUUGCACCCUGUGCAACGCAAACCUGCGACAUUUGCGUGGAUGGAAGGUGGAGCGAGUGGGGUUCAUGGUCCUCUUGUUCGGCCACCUGCGCUUCAUCAUACAAGGCACGCCAUCGCAGCGUGGAUCGUCACCCCAACUUCUGUGGGAAGCCAGCCGUAGGAUUGGAGGAUCAGUAUGAGGUUUGCAAAGGGCAGCCCAACUGCAUUCCAGAUCGCGUGGGGAGCCCCUGCGUGACCAACUCCUGCUCUGGCCACUUCCGCUCUGUCAGCAACCAAGGAUUGCAUUCUCUCUGCAUGGAUCCCUUGGACGGGAUGCAGUCAAAGCUCCAUGUCUUUUCCUGCACUGCUUGGAAUACCGCCUUCGGAAAUCAUUCAAGACUUGCCAUGCGCCUCCGAACAAGUCGGGUCUAA